UUAUCUAGACUAAAAUUUAAAAUUUAGAGUCCUUUACCAUCCCUAUGAAAGAGGUGGUAUUGAUGGAUGUGUACACAUGUACAAAAGCGAAAAAUAAUCAGUUGUGACCCGAAGCCAGAGCUCGCAUGCUGUGAAUGUGAGAGCUGGAUGGAGUAUUGGAGUGUGUGAACGGCCAGGAGAAAAUUGGCUGCUUCGUGCAGCGGCAGUAGACAAAAGUCAAAAGUGCAUGUGAACACGUGUUCAAGUUGCAUGGCCGCAAAGUUGACCGGCGGUCAACUAGUAACGCCACAUGCAUUAUUGUACUACUAGUACAUUUCAGGACUGAUAGAUGCUUGACUGCUGACUUUGUUUCUCAAUAAAAAGAAAAGAAAGGAUUGAUUCGAUCGUGUGCAGGCUCUAGCUAGCUGCUCAACCUGCACAGCGAGCAUGGAGUUGGGGACGGCGGCGAUCGGGAGCCUUCUCCCCAAGCUGGUCGAGCUGCUCAAGCAGGAGCACGACCUGCACAAGGGCGCGAGGAAGAAGAUCAGGAGCCUCUCACGGGAGCUGGAGAGCAUGCUCGCCGUCCUCCGCAAGGUCGGCGAGGUGCCCCCGGACCAGCUCCAGGAGCUCGUCAAGCUCUGGGCACGGGAUGUCCGGGAGCUCUCCUACGACAUGGAGGACAUCGUCGACACCUUCCUGGUGCGCGUCGACGACGGUCCGGAGCCCGCCGACACGCACAAUCUCAGGCGCCGCCUCCGGAAGAAGAUGGCCACGAUUUUCAGGAGGUGCAAGCACCAGCGUAAGAUCGCCGGAGCAAUCCGAGACAUGGACAGGAGAGUCGAGGAGGUGGCUGCAAGGCGUGACAGGUACACGGUCGACAGCGUCAUCGCCAAGCUUGCAAGUCCUGUCGCCGUCGAUCCUCGCCUGCAGGCGCUGUACAAGAAGACUGCGGAACUUGUGGGCAUUGAGAAGCAGAGCGAAGAGCUCGUGAAGAUACUGUCCCUUGGGGAUGAUGCUCAUGCGCCCGAUGAGAGGAUGAAGAUUGUCUCUAUCGUUGGGUUCGGAGGACUUGGCAAGACCACCCUUUCCAAAGCAGUCUAUGACAAGCAUAAACCGGCGUUUGAUUGUGGGGCUUUUGUUCCGGUUGGUCGGAAUCCUGACAUGAAGAAAGUUUUAAGGGAUAUUCUCAUUGAUUUUGAAUACAUGAAUCCGAAUGUGAUGAUAUUGGAUGAAAGGCAGCUCAUCAACGAACUACGGAGACUCACCGAAAAUAAGAGGUGUUUGUUUGUUAUUGAUGACAUAUGGGAUAAGAAAUCAUGGGAAUUGAUCCAGUGUGCUCUGCAACAUAGUAAUUACCGAAGCAGAGUAGUGGCAACUACUCGUAUUUUUGAAGUCGCCACACAUAUCGGUGAUAUUUACAAAAUGCAACCACUUUCUCGUGAUGACUCUGAAUUAUUAUUAUACUCUAGAAUUACUGAUGGUGAAGACAGAUUUCUAGACAGUCUUUCAACUGAGGCAUGUGAUAAAAUUUUGAAGAAAUGUGGUGGUGUGCCAUUAGCUAUCAUUACAAUAGCUAGUUUAUUGGCAAGUAAAACAAGGGAGGACUGGUCUAAGGUGUACAAUUCAAUUGGUUUUGGUGAUAGAGGCAAUGACAUCGUAGAGAAUACCAGAAAAAUAUUGUCUUUUAGCUACUAUGACCUCCCUUCACAUCUAAAGGCCUGCUUGCUGUAUCUAAGUCUAUUUCGGGAAGAAUAUGGGAUUGAGAAAAAUCUUUUGAUAUGGAAGUGGAUAGCUGAAGGUUUUAUCCAGAAUGAACAAGCAACAACAGAGAUAGAAUUAUUUGAGCUUGGGGAAGGGUACUUUAACGAGCUAAUAAAUAGAAGCAUGAUCCAACCGAUGGAGUUAGAGGAUAACAGUUAUGUAUAUGGUUGUCGUGUUCAUGAUAUGGUUCUUGAUCUGGUCCGUUCAUUGUCAAGUGAAGAAAAGUUUGCUACUAUAUUGGACAGCGAUGACCAACAAAAACUUGUGGGUAGCAAUGCUCGCAGGUUCGCCGUGCAUGGUAGGAAUGCUGACCCCCAGCUGGUUGACAUGGGUUUGGAAAAGGUGAGGUCCUUUAGUGCCACUCAGUGCGGCAAUGUUAAUGUGGUAACAUCAUGCUUUCAAGUUGUACGGGUUUUAACUUUAGAAGAUUGUAGUGUGGAAGCUUGUGGAAAACAUAGACUACAGCAUGUAGGGAAUUUGCACCACCUGAGGUAUCUCGGCAUUUGGAAUACACGUCUUGAUGAGCUCCCCAAGGAAGUAGGAAAUCUCAAGUUUCUGCAAACGCUGAAUUUGUCAGGUACUGGAAUGCAGCAGCUGCCGGAGUGUGUGGGCAUGUUGAAACAACUGUUGUGCCUACGUAUCAAUGACAGUAUAACGGUUCCAGCUGGUUUGAUUGGGAACCUUACUUCUUUGCAAGAGCUGAAGCUAUGGCCGGCUGAUGAUGUGUCAACAAGGCAGUUUGUGAAGGAGCUGGGCAAGCUGAGAGAACUAAGGAUCCUCCGGUGUACCAUUCAUGUAAGGGAUGAGAGCAUGGAGAGAGAUCUGGUAGAGUCGCUAGCAAAUCUCCACAAGAUCCGGACUCUGUGUGUUCUUGGCUCGGCGUUAGCGAGAGGCAUCACAGGGGAAGAAGCAUGUUUCGUGCCCCCUCGGUGCCUUGGACAGCUAUGUUUGGAAUGCUUCAGGUUCUCUGGACUACCAGUGUGGAUCAACCCGUCACUUCUCCAAAACCUCACCCAUCUAGAUGUGGCAGUGCACGUGGUGCAAGAACAGGACAUGGAAACCCUUGGGAGGCUGCCAGAGCUCUGCUACCUCAAACUGAAUUCAGAUCACACCAGGCUAGUAAGCAUAAGGAAGCAGGCUACCGGUGAUCUACGCCGCUGCUUCCGGAAGCUGAGAUUCUUUGUUGCUCCCUCUUCAUUUGUCCGGUUUGAUCUGCACGGCUGCAAAAGGGACCCCAGCAUGGCACACUCUGUCAUGAUGCCAAGCCUUGAAUCCCUUGUGUUUUGUGUCCAUGUUCAGUUCCUAAAAGACAUGGACAUUCAGCCUGGCUUUGGCAAUCUCAUUGGCUUUGAAGAAGUUGCUAUCACUUCGCUCCGGAGGGUCACAGCUACGAUCCAAUGCGAGGACGCUACCGCUGAGGAGGUGGAGGAAGUGAAGGCGGCAUUGGCUCAUGCAGCUGACCGCCAUCCCAACCGUCCCACCCUUAGAACUGAGAUGGAGAAUCAGCAUAAGAUGCUCUCAACCGGCCGAGAGAGGAAGGCAGACUGUAAUAGUUGAACUACUGCAGCACUUUCUGGUCACCAUUCACCAAUCCCUGUAUGUGCGCUUGUUUUCACUCUCUUCUCCAAAUAGAAAGGGCCAGAAAGAAAGAACUAUUAUUUCAAUUAAUAUCACCAAACAGAGUCAAAUGGAAAUGGUCUAGGAUACAGUAAGCUGCAAGGAGAAAUGAAUGAAGAAACCAUGAAAUUACGUAUAUUCCAACUUUAAAAAUCCAGUCGUGGUUCCUUAAAACUUACUCCCUCCAUUCUAAAUUGUUGGUCAUUUUACCUUUUUCUAACUCAAUUCUUGUCUAAUUUUGAAACGUCCAGCGUUAGUUCAUUUCUAUCUCAGGCUACCAACAAAAGGUUUGUCAUCCAUUUCCUUUGGACUGAAAAAGAAGUUGAAAGACCUAGUCUUGAAAUGUGGUUUGUAAAUAUUUUAAUGUUCCAUUUCUUCUUUUCUGCAAAAACUUCGAAUUUCUAAGAAGAAUAGCAUGUAGAACCGCACAAGACAAAAUCGUAGGAUUCAGCUGCGCUUAGAAGCCUAUCCAUGUCAAAUUAAUGUGUAUCCACACAAAAACAACAAAACUUGAGGUGUCCAAACAAAACAAAACAAGAUAUAGUAUGUUUGUGUUUAAACUAACACCCCUGCUAUACUCCUACUAAUUUAGUGAAAUCC